AUGGCCUGGAGUGUGGAAGAGCGGUUCUACAUGAGCGGACCACGCUUCGGGGACACAUACCGAACCUUGGACUGCAGAGGUGUUCAAUACAAGUCCUUGCGGAAAGCACUCAUUGCUGGCUUCGUGGAGCACUCGAAUGAACACUUGACUGGUGAGGUCAAGGCUGCAGGCCCCUUUUUUCCCUACCUUCCAAUAGUUGGGAGCUUUAGGGCCAUUCUCCCCAGCGAGGAAGAUGCCAAACAUGCUUUUGAAGAAGACGUCCAGCAUCCAGAAGAAAACGUCCCUCAGGAAGUCCAGCUUUCAAAAGACGAUGUCCCUCAGGAAGCCCAGCUUUCAGAAGACAAUGCCUCUCAGGAAGUCCAGCUUUCAGAAAACAAAGUCUUUGAGCAGGCCCAGUUCACAGAGGCACUAUGCGGGAAAAGGGCUUUGGAUGAGGGCAAGGCGACGGCGAUCCCUGAAAAGAACCUAGGGAAGCUUGCAGAUGCGCCAACUCCCAAGUCUAUGAUGCCUCCUACCCGGAUUCGUGGAAAGCGGCCGUGGAACCAGCGCUUAGAUUUGAGAAAUGUCGAGAUUCAAGUGGACAAGGAACUCAAGGCUAUGUCGAAAUUAUUGGAUUCGUACUUGUUCCACCGGGCUGUGAAUGCCCGCCAGAAGCCCUUGUUGAAAAAGCUCCUUGAUCGCCCUGCUUUUGGAAUUGAUGACCCUACCAAUAUGUGGCAAAAGCACAGGGAAAGCUUUUUUGCUACAGCCCGCAUGGAGCUCAGCAUUUUUGGCUGUGUUAUGUCUCAGCACAGUGAAAAGAGCACACCAGAGCACCCUGUGGCAGGGAAGGUUUACUUCCUGCUCAUCUCCGAUACGCUCGACCACACAGGUACAAGGGCCAAUCACUGCAUUGAUUUGUGCCUGGAGCAACGGAACAUGGCCGCUGAGCUCCAUGAGGUCAAUAUCCUGUCAGAUGCUGCUGGUCAUUUCAAAAGCUUUGAAAGUAUGUACCACCAUUGUGUGCACCUGGUCCAGCAACUGAAGGUCCCUGUGCGCACUCACUUUGGAUGUGAGAAGCAUAUGAAGGCAGAGUGUGAUCAGUUGUUUGGCUGGAUGGAGCUUGCUUUGCAGUGGGCAAAAAGGAAGAGAUGCAUCGUAACGACAAUGGAAGAUUUGAAGAAGUUGCUUUUGGACUAUAUCGCAGAGAGGAGGCAGCAGGACCCUUCCUCACCAUGCAUCAAGAUCCUGGAGAUUUCCAAAUCACGCGGACUUACUGCUUCAGUGGCAUCCCUGCCAGCACCACGUAUUCCUAUAUAUGGUGCUAGAACCUUCAACCAUGCACUUCCCAACCGUCCUUGCUCCUUGGAACUCACCACCAGUGUUUAUGAUGAACCUGCACCAAGCCUCGAUACCCCUUAUCGCAAGGGCUUCUAUGGCAGUGGGAAAGAUGCGUGGGCCACCAAGCCCAAGCCAUUGGAGGCAGCCACUUGGAAGGGCUUGAUGGUCAUCGACCUCGGCUUAGAGCUUCACCGAAGAGCGAAGGUCUUCGCCUUAGCUGGUGAUACCUUGAGAGCCAAAGCGCUAAUUGAGAGCAGCAUUGACCAGCUGGGCACGGCCAAAGUGUUGUGUUCUCCACAGGGCCGCAUUUUGCACCUCCUUGAGACCUUACUGGAGGCAUGGAACACUGAGGGCGUGGUGCUGCAGGCAACCGAGGACAACGACCUGGUGCUCGAGCUGGAACGAAGUGUCGCUGAAGGCUUACGCCAGGUGUCGAAGGCCCCAGUCGUGGCGGCGGCAGCAAAGCUGGUGCUCGGAGGCUGUGGUACCACGCCGAGCACAUCUUCAGAUACCACUUCAGCCAGAGGCGAACACAUCCCUUUGGACCCGAAGAGUGGCGGCCUUCUGAGUGCUGCCGCAGCAGCCGCUGAAGCUAGGAUCGACGACGGCUGCAGUGGAGUGGACUGGGAAGACGGUAGCCGGAUUAGCUCGGAUCAGCCGACUCCUCGCAGCAGCCCACCACCUUCAGAGCUGGAGGUGGCCAUGGAGCCAGCAAUGCAUUUGCCCAACAGCGACACUCGCGUGGCGGAGUACAAGACGACAGCACCAGCAGAUGACCAGCUUGAUGUGAAGACUGGAGAGGCAAUGGGUGGGCCACCAGGACCCAAUGGCACCUUUGAACUGAUCCCGGCUGCACAGGUCGCGGACUGCCCAAGUCCACAGAAGCAGCCACGUUGCUUCUUCGGGCUGUGUGGCCGGAACCGCGGCAAGAAGGGCGCUUUAGGGUCUUCCCGGGCGCAGUGCCAGCUGCGCUUGGCCCGGGACUUCCAUCGUGGAGAUUUGCUGGGCGCUGGCAGCUACGGUUGCGUGUUCGCCGCGCGGCGUAAGACCACGGGUGAGAUCGUGGCAGUGAAGGAGAUGCUCCUGGAUCGUGCGGGACGUACCAAGGAAGAGCGUAGUGAUAGGCUCGUGCGUCUCACUCGUGAGCUUCGACUUUGCGAGCAGUUGGAACAUCCCUUCAUCGUCAGCUACUACGGCCACGAGUUUGUCAUGGGGGCGCAGGGAGGCCCGGAGAAGCUGCAUUUGUUCUUAGAGUAUUGCAGCGGUGGGAGCCUAGCUGCGCAACUCCGUACCUACGGGCCCGUGAGUGAGGAGCUUUUAAGGAAGUAUAGCCAGCAGCUGAUCAGCGGCCUCGUGUACUUGCACUCUCGGAGCCCCCCUGUGGUGCACCGGGAUUUGAAGUGUGCGAACGUUUUGCUGACACACAGCGGAGAUGUAAAGAUUGCGGACUUCGGCUGUUCCAAAUGGGUUCAGCCUGGGGAGUCCAUGUUGGAGAACUCUGUAGCUGGCUCAAUCUUUUGGAUGGCGCCGGAGCUCUUUCGAGGUCGGGGGAAACUGACCACAUCGUCCGAUAUUUGGUCCUUGGGCUGCUGUGUCCUGGAAAUGGCCACUGGCUCGGCUCCGUGGGCUGAACGGUGCUUCGACAACAUCCUGCAGGCGUGUCACGUCAUCGCCAACUCAGAGGAGUUGCCCACGAUACCAGCGGAGCUCUCCCAACAGGCUUCGGACCUCAUCAAGAUGUGCCUCAGGCGGAACCCGCUGGACCGGCGCGGAAACCCGCCUGGGCCACCGGAGGGCAGCUUGUGA